GCCAUUUGAGGCGCGGGGGGGACGCAUGCGCACUGAGCGGCCGCGGAAUCUGAACGCGCUCUCUCGUGCCGCGGCCGGUCCUCCCACGCACGCGCAGUAGCGUCUGCGGAGAGUCGCCGGCCUCUUCUCUUCUGCGCGCAUGCGUAUCUACCUCUGCCCGGGAGUUGGCGCGCCCGGCCUCGGCCCGCGCGCGCGCGCAGUGGCGCGGGCGAAGCCCUUCCCCUCCCCCGGUCGGGCACCGGAAGUGAGUCAGGGCGAGGGCGGAAGCGCCGCGGCGGCUGCGGGAGGCUUCCAGAAGGGCCUGGCCGGCGCGGCCCGGGCGGCACCAUGGUGGAUUACAGCGUCUGGGACCACAUCGAGGUGUCCGACGAUGAGGACGAGACUCACCCCAACAUCGACACGGCCAGUCUCUUCCGCUGGCGCCACCAGGCCCGAGUGGAGAGGAUGGAGCAGUUCCAGAAGGAGAAAGAAGAGCUGGAUAAAGGGUGCAGGGAAUGCAAACGGAAACUAGCCGAGUGCCAGAAGAAAAUGAAGGAGCUGGAAGUGGCAGACGCCGCAAGUGGGAAAGGGGAGCUGCAGAGACUUCAGGCCGAAGCGCAGCAGCUGAGAAAAGAAGAGAGAAGCUGGGAAAAGAAGAUCGAGGAGCUGAGGAAGAAGGAGAAGAACAUGCCUUGGAACGUGGAUACCCUGAGCAAAGAUGGCUUCAGCAAGAGUGUUUUCAAUGUCAAACCUGAAGAGGACGACGAAUCGGAGGAACAAAAAGAGAAGAAACACAAGACGUUUGUGGAGAAGUACGAGAAGCAGAUCAAACACUUUGGGAUGCUGCGGCGCUGGGAUGACAGCCAGAAGUAUCUAUCUGAUAACCCGCAUCUGGUGUGUGAGGAGACCGCCAAUUACCUGGUCAUCUGGUGCAUUGAUCUGGAAGUGGAAGAGAAACACGCCCUGAUGGAGCAGGUCGCCCAUCAGACCAUCGUGAUGCAGUUCAUCCUAGAGCUGGCCAAGAGCCUGAAGGUGGACCCCAGAGCUUGUUUUAGACAGUUCUUCACUAAAAUCAAGACGGCCGAUCAGCAGUACAUGGAGGGGUUCACUGAUGAGCUGGAGGCCUUCAAGGAGCGGGUGAGAGGGCGUGCCAAGGUGCGCAUCGAGAAAGCCAUGAAAGAGUAUGAAGAGGAGGAGCGGCAGAAACGGCUGGGCCCAGGCGGGCUGGAUCCUGUGGAGGUGUAUGAAUCCCUACCCGCUGAGCUGCAAAAGUGUUUCGAUUCGAAAGACGUUCAGAUGCUGCAGGAUGCAAUCAGCAAAAUGGAGCCGGCGGAAGCCAAGUACCACAUGCAGCGUUGCAUCGAUUCCGGGCUCUGGGUGCCAAAUGCCAAGCCGGCGGAGGGAGCGGAGAAGGGAGGUGAGGAGGCGGAGGCUGUCUACGAGGAGGUCACGAAGGGGAACAGCGAGGAGGAGAAGGGAAACCCAUGAACUACUGCUGAAAAUGCGUAAAGCAGACUGUCCCCUCGCCUCUCCCCCACUGCCACCACCCUACCCCCCUCUCACCUUCCUCUCACCCAAUUAUCCCUCAGGAUGACACAUGCUUUACACAUGUAGACACUUUGUGAAUGUGUGAGCUGCUUGCUGUCUCUUUGUAUCCAACCCCAAGCCCUGGGCUGCCUUGGGGGAGCAAACGGAAGCCCCUGUAUUCGCACUGGGGCCGUUCCAGUCAGUUACUCUAGGGACUUGGUAUGGCCGUUUAGGUUCUAGGCCUCCCUCUGGUCAGAGUUACAAAUGUGCCGUUGUAUCUUUUCUGUUGGUAGCCAGUACGGCUAUUACACGAAUAAAGAGAUUGAAGGA